AUGACAAGUGCAGCAACGGAGAGGGAACUCGACAAGUGGAGAUUAUGGGGUAUCAACAAGUUCCUCGAAUCAUAUUCUUCCCUGUCACUGAAGCAGGAAAGAACGNACGAUCCUCCAACUCUUGGUCUAGUCGGAUCGAUAUGCCACAAAAGCGAGGAUGAGGUCAAAGAACUCUUAAAAGACGCCCGCUCUUCACUCAAGGACAUGGACAUCAGAUGGGCCAUAUUUGGAGCUUGCGAGUUUCUCAAUCAAGUCCCAUUGCGAACUUCCAAAGAGAAUGGGCGUGUGCUACUCAAGCAUAGCGACGUUNUUCACACAUUCAGGAAGAAGGAGUCUCAGGGCAUCAAGCUGCAUACUGAAGCUGCUGAUGCUUAUUUGCGUUUUAUCAAGGUCAGGAAACUCAACAAUCUGCCAAUGCCUCGAUUUACCAAAAAUUACAUGCAUGCGGAAUCGAUGGAGUACACACCCAGAUUUGGCCAAGGAUCAGGACUGGACGCUGGCGCCAGCUUACCAGUGUUUGAUAUCCUUCUGUUUACAAGCUCCGACCUUUUCAGGCAGGUUGGUGCAGAGACGACAGAGCUUAUACCGAGGGUUCCAAGGACACUCUUCGAAUUGAUCAAACAUACAAGCUACGAAGACUAUCAAGCAAGCAGUCAAGGCUGGGACGACGAGAACAAGCUAGCUGAGAUGGAGGAUGAUGAUAUGCGCUACCUAAUCGUUCGACUUAAAGAUGCUCAAUUGCCCGAAUCCGAGAAGCGAUGGAGCAAAGAUUCAGACCUGGACGAAUCAAUCAUCGGCUUUCUGUCGUUCAUGAUCACUCAAGAAGAGGAAGAGAAUGUCGUCUACAUCUACGAAAUACACAUCUCCGAGCACUUCCGGAAUUGUGGUGUAGGACGACAUCUCUUCAACAUGGUCGAGCACAUUGGUGGAGCCACUGGUAUGGACAAAGCAAUGCUCACUGUCUUCAAACGCAAUGCGCACGCGCGAAGAUGGUACGACUCACGCGGGUACGAGGUGGAUGAGAUCAGCCCCAGACCAAGGAAACUUAGGGGAGGGAGAUCCAUCGAACCUGAUUAUGAGAUUCUGAGCAAGCAUCUCCAGGAACAACCAACCAAGAAGAACAAAUUAUGA